AUGUGGAUGAAAUAUCCUUUGAUGGAAUUCUUAUCUACAUAUGUUAUUAUCAUGAUCGAUGAAAGUAAUGAUAUAGUUUUAGAAAACAUGAGAAUUAUUUCAAAAUUAUUGAAUAAAUGGAAUAAAAUGACUACUGAUAUUAUUAAAAUUCAAAACAGAAAACCAGAUGGGUUUAGUGAUAAUAAAAAUAAAAAGUAUAUUUCAUCAAUUUCAUAUGAAGAGAAUGAAAUAGUGGAACCAUCAUCAAUUCAAAGAGAAUCAGAGAGAAUACUUAAUUGUCAGAGUUUCUUCGAACAAGAAGAUCAUUGCUCCCUUUUAGAUUUAAGUGAUUCUAACUUUUAA